UGCACCCCAGGUUUGCGAUGCAUAUCCGGCCUUCAAGCCACAACCUCGUACUAGCUCACGAGACCGCAACACAUCAACGUCCUUGGUGGAUUAUAGAAGCUUCUUCGAAACGUCUUGGAGGCCAAGACAAAAGUCGUAUAUUCGCGGAGAAACUCCACAUCUGGCAUUCUAACGUUGGUUCCGCGAUUCACAGUAUUAAAGGGCGGCCGGGCUGGCGAUCAUGGAGCCAGUACAGAUCCUGGCAGCCUAGAUCAUCUGUAUAAAGAUACCCCUAAGACCAUCAACUGUCGUCACAAUACCUUCUUUCAUCAGAUCAGAGUAGACCUCUAUUCAUUCCUUUACAUUCUUUUUUCUGUCUCUAGCUUCAUCAAGCCCAAAAACAACACCGAGAUGCGUUUUAUCGAGAUAGCCACAGUCGCCAUGACUGCUGCGUCGACUGCGUACGGUGCACCUAUGGAGAAACGCGCUGCAGCUGUCGAUGAGCUCGUUGGAUUUGCCCAAGGAACAACCGGAGGCGGCAGUGGGGCUGGAACCACUGUCACCUCCUGUGCUGAGCUGACAGCGGCAGCCAAAGCCGGCGGCGUGAUCAAGAUUAAGGGCAUGCUCACUGGGUGUGGUGUCGUCCGUGUGGGUACCGCAGGCACCUCGAUUCUCGGUGUUGGCAAGGACGCCGGCCUGACAGACAGUGGCCUCCAAGUCUUCAAGACGUCCAACAUCAUCAUCAGAAACCUAAAACUAUACCGCGCGCCAAAGGGGAAAGAUCUCAUCGAUAUUGAGGCUUCGACCAAUGUUUGGGUUGACCACAACGACUUUUCGAGCGUUGGUGUCACUGGCGAUAAGGACACUUACGAUGGCCUACUCGACGCCAAGUCUGGUGCCGACAUGCUUACCUUCUCUUGGAACAAGUUCCACGACCACUGGAAGGGCUCGCUAGUCGGCCACUCUGACAACAAUGCCUCCAAGGACAAAGGCAAACUCCACGUAACCUACCAUCAUAACUCUUUCACCGGCGUCAACUCGCGUCUGCCAUCGAUCCGCUUCGGAACCGGCCACAUCUAUAGCUCCUGCUACUCGGGUGGUAUAUCUGGUGUCAAUUCGCGCAUGGGCGCUCAAGUCCUGGUUGAAGCUAAUUCCUUCACCAACGUUGACAAGGCUGUUGUCACCAACUUGGACUCUGACGAGGAGGGCUUUGCGCUUGAGAAAGAUAACAUCUUCACCAACAGUCCUACUCAAAUCACGCAGAAAGGCUCAUUUGCGCCGGGCUACAAGUACACUGUGGAUCCAGCGGCCAGUGUUUGCGCUAUUGUGCAGAAGAGCGCCGGUGUGGGUGUUGUCACCUUCUAGGCCAUGACGACGAACGAGAGGACACAGCCUUUGUGAUACACAUUGGCUAGUCAGAGGGAGGAGCACUGAAGCAAUUGCUUGUUUCGGUCUUGUACAUAGCUUUAUUCGUGUACAUACUUACAUUCCAUCAAUGAACUCGUUCGUUCUGAACAUUUUUCAUAUUCGAUAUAAGCAUCAAGAGCAGCUCGCGCAACGGUAUACAUGCGACGAUUGAUUGUAGUAUUGAAGUUCGGGUAUAGCUGAUUCUCUUCUUGUGCGCUCCGGUCUCUCCUCUCCUAUUUGUUCCAGCAUGCCUCUUGCAUUCAUCCUAAAUUAACCAGGGAACA